AUGGCUUCAAAUUGUUGGAAGAAGAUUGAGAAUGAAUCUGGAUAUCCGUGUUACAUUAAUGAAACAAAUGGUAAACAAGAUUAUGACCAUCCUCAUUUUCGUAUAAUCUUGAAAUCUUCGGAGGAAUAUAAUGAAAUUAAAUACAGCACUUAUCGUAUAGCAUAUAAAGUUUUCGCACUACAAAGAAAUUUUAAAGUACCGCCUCUCCGCAUCAGCUCAGGAGUGUUUGCUAGACACCAAUUAAGUCUCUCGGAGAGCAGUCUCUCACUGGAUACUGCCGAGCUAGAAGCAGUGUUAGCAGAUAUUUAUUUUGCAGCAGAGAAAGAAGGCUUGUUUUCAGGAGAUGUAGACUUAACAGUUGACUUGCUGAUUAAUUUGCUGCUCAAUGUUUAUGAUGAAGAAAGGAAGAUACCGAUACGAGUUUUAGCCGUGAAAACACUACUCAUUCUUCUCAGUGAGGAGUCAGUAUUAGAGAAAUGGUUAGCACUGGCAAACUGUUGCGCUGACCACAAUGGCUGUGUGUCGCCGCGCCGGCUUGCUGCAUUACUGUCUUACGUUACUGCUCUCUCCAAGUAUCUGGGGAGUAGCUGUGAUCAAAUACAGGCUGAUGUUGAUGCAUGCUUUUACAAGGGUGCAGGCAUGUUGGGCGUCAGUGCGCGGGCUGUGGCUGAAUGGGGUAUACAGAACUGUGCCAGUGCUAGAUGGCUUCCUGUCUUGCAACGCAUUGUGGUUAGCCGUAAAUGUUCUCAUUCAUCUGUAACUUGUGCAUCUUGCACUCAACCAUUAACACAGGUUUUACAAUUCAAGUGUUCAAAAUGUAGCAAUGUCUACUUCUGUGAGAAGUGUUACUUAUAUGACAAGGAUAUGACAUUAGUAACAGGACAUAAGAAGACACAUUUAGUUCAUGAAAUUAUUGACGGCGAGGUGAAACCACCCGAAUGUUUAGGUUUUAUAAAGGGCAUGAAACGGUUUUUCUUUUGCACGAAAACAAAAAAGAGGAAGACUAGCAAAAAAAUUUCUAAGAAGAGUAUAGACAAAGUUGGCAACCCCGGAUCCAUCCGAAGAAGUAAGGAAGAGAGGCAGACCAUCUUCACAUCUACAGUUGGCAAAGCUUCUGGAAGCAACGCAAAUAACCCAGCUACUACAUUGCAAGAUAUUAUCACGCAGUUGGAGACGCAAAACAAAGCACUUAAAGAGCUAUCAACGCAGUUACAAAAUACAGUGAAGGACUCUGAGGAUAAUUUAAAAGUAAAAGUGGACACGCACUACUGUUUAAUAUCAACACAGAUUGAUAGGCUAAAAGCUUUAAAGGAAAACCUGGCACCCUCCGACAUUCCAUUAGAAGCAACAAAGACCGAAAAGGUCGAACGUCCACAAGCAUUUGAUCUCUUCAGUCCAAUACAGGUUGUAGAUGAGAAACAAUCAAAAAUGCCUGAGAAUCCUAAGAACCAACCUCGAAUACUUAGUAUGGAUUCUGGAAAUUUCUCGGUGAUUUCCAAACAGACGGACACUCAGAACUUACUUACAAUGUCAGGAGAUGCACUGAAACCUAUUGUGGUACAUGCCACUUCUGAUAGCAUAUCUACUGUAUCCAUGAAUGAUAUGAGCAAUUGGUAUAAUGAAACAGCAUCAAUUGCAACUACUACAAAACCCCGUGAUUCUUUCCACUCUAAGGCCAAGCCAAUUGAGUGCCAUAGUCUGUCCGUUACGGAGAAACGUUUCGCUGACGACAUUCGCUCUGUGGAGACCAGUAAUGACAAGAUGAAGGAACUCAACGCAGACUUGGAUACUGUUUUGGACAGACUGCAGCAGAUAUUGACUAAUAAUUUCGCAAUGGACGAUUCAUGUUUCGACAACACGCAACUGCGUGAAACUGCCAACGAGAUGGAAGGCUUGUUGGGCACUUUGAUACGCGGUGUGGAACAGAGAGCCACGCUCAAUGCUGCUAAAGGACUAGUGUAG